AUGACCAAUAGGGCAGGACCUGAACCUGAACAUCUGCACUCCAAAACAACAAGUGAGAUGGAACCAGAAGACCCAGACCACAGUGAUAAGCUGGUUCCUUGGUCAGGUUCAGACGGUUCUGAGGAGCUGUGUGAGGAUGCCAGUGAUGAAGAGUACCCUUCAGACCCUCUACCUGCUCACAUCCUCGAGUCUGAUCUUGAGUCGCCAGCACGCCCUCAGUCACGAGACUGGGAGUCUGCAGGUGAGCAACAGUCCCCGCCUGAACUUAGCGAAAGUGAAGAGGAGCUCUCAUAUAAAGAAGAGGAUGACGUUUACCUUAGUGAAUCUAACGAGUCCAUUACAGAGUCUCCUCGAAUCCAACCCUCACUAACAUCACUGUCCACACACACAGAGGGCCCCAACUUUGAGCCUCAAGCCGGCCGGACGUCACGGCCGCCAUCGCAUUCUUCUUCCAUCUCUCUUGACCGUGCAGCUGACAUGACAUUGGCCUUGACCCUGACAACAGAGCAGCCCCUGGGAGCCAGUCGUAGGCAGGGCCCAGGGACUCUGAACAGGAGUGUUGAAUCUUCAGAGGAAGGAGGGAGUAGUGAGGCACCUCCUGCUUCUCUCUUCUUUGGAAUUCCAGACAAGGCUGCUGAGCGGGCAGAGAAGUGUAACUCGGAGUCUGACACAGAUCUCUGCAGACCGGACAGGCAGAGAGCAAAGUCCAAGCGGCUCAGUCACAACGAGAGCCAAUCAGAAAGAAACGUCAAGGAGACCAAGUCCAAAUGCAAGCGUAUAGCUCGGCUUCUAACGGAUGCACCCAACCCUCAAAAUAAGGGCGCCUUGCUGUUUGAAAAACGCCGCCAGAGGGUAAAGAAGUAUACGCUUGUGAGUUACGGGACUGGGGAGAAAAGGCCCGACAGCGAAGACCCGAUAGAGGAGGAAACUGGAGUCAGAUCAUCUGGUUAUAACUUUGUGGCGACCAGUGAAUCUGAGUUCGAAGAGGACUAUUCUAUUUAUCAGCAGCAGCACAAUUUAAGUCGGGAUUGGGGAAGUGGUAGAGAUAUGGAAGCACUUCCAGACACAAAAGGCAAGGGUGUCGAGAUGUUCGCCCAAUGCCGCAAACGCAUUGAUGAAAUUGGGUCAGAGCAAGACGAACUGAGGAAUAAAGGAUUACAUCUGGAGUUUUUACAAGAACCCGAAUGUAGGGAACGACAGAAUGUUUAUGACACUGAGGAAAUGUAUGUGCAUACUGAUCCGGCCAACUACAUGGAUGCAGAUAGAAGACAGCAAGAUGAAUACCGAGAAAGUAUUCAGCAAAUGAACAACCUUUCCAACGUGCCACGACCGUUGGUGCCAAACAGAACCGCAAAGCCGUUCCUAGGAUUUCCCUCCAGAACUGCACCCGUCGUGCCUGGUGGCCUGGUUCCAGUGACAAAGAGACAAGAACCAAGAUUCAGAGUACCUGUGCCUAUUAACACCAACCCGCAAGUUUGGUCCCCAACUGGAGACAUCAUAGCCUCAAGAGAUGAGCGAAUUUCUGUGCCAGCAAUAAAGACCGGCAUCCUUCCAGAGUCUAAAAGGAAAGGCACCAAUAAACAGCCAAGGCCGGCGCAAGGAUCAGAUCAGCACCUUCAGAACAAAGGGGAAAGAAGGUCUUUCAUUGAGUCAGAGGAGGACUGUUUUAGUCUUGGUGCUGAGGCUUGUAACUUCAUGCAACCCAGGACAAUAAAACUCAAAAAUCCCCCUCCUGUUGCCCCAAAACCUACCAUCAACCCGGCCUGUCCACCUUGGAUGAGUAGGAGCCCCUCUGGUGGGCCCUAUAUCCAACCCAGAAGUCCGGUACCACAAACCACUCAUGGUCACGCAGGACCUCAUAAUCAGCAUUACUUACAGCAGCAAGAUUGGGCUCAAGCUCAACAGAUGGCCAACUAUUGGAAACCAGAUCAAACUCUGGCAACCCUUCAAACACCUGCCAAUGCCUGGGAGCCCGUCAACUCCUCUUCUCAGCUUCAUCUCCAGCCAGCAACAAAUAGCUGGAAUCAGCAGCCAUCACAACCCCCAGUGAGUAUGCAGGGCCGUGGUCUCAGUUACAGCCCUCAUCACCCACCCACACCCUCAAGGAAUAACUUAGACAGCACCCUAAGCUCGGUUGAGUCUUGCCCACCACAAGCAGGGAAGUCGAACGGCCAUGCAACAAAAGCAUCACCGGCCUCCCCAAGGGGUCGAGUCUCAGACAGAGGUAGUAAUCGGGCCGCCGAUGGUCCACCUAUGGCCGGAAAAGGUGCAGAGUUGUUUGCCAAAAGACAGUCCCGUAUGGAGAAGUUUGUGGUCGAUGCUGAAACGGUGCACGCUAACAAAGCAAGAUCCCCCUCCCCGACCGCAUCCCUCCCUAACACCUGGAGAUAUUCCUCCAUCGUUCGCGCCCCGCCGCCUUUGUCAUACAAUCCUCUUCAUGCUCCAUUCUAUCCUCCAUCAGCAGCCAAGCAGCCCCCUUCCACAAGCCCCAAAAUUAAGCCUAAGACAAAAGAGAAACCUAAAGCGGCCCCAAGGCCUCUCAACCCCUUAGAUAUUAUGAAACAUCAGCCCUAUCAGUUGGACUCCUCACUAUUUAAGUAUGAGGCAGUACCUGAGGCCAAAAGCCCCAGCCCAAAACCUACUCCAGCAUCAAAGUUUGAGGUCAUCAAAAGCCUCAAACAUAGAUCUGUCCCUUCUCAUUCUCCUGACAACGCCUCUGAGCGCAUUGUUCAAAGCAAGGCACAAGUCCCUGCUAAGUCUCCUGUAUCGGUAAGUUCCCACAAUUCUUCUACCCGCCAAAGCACGAGAUCGGUUGAGCCUCUCGCAACCGACAGGCGCUUGGAUGAAAAGCACACUGUCACCCCAGCGGCCCCUCACAUAACCAACAAGCAAGCGCCAAGCGCCCGUCCCGCAAGCGCAUCCUCCCAGCAUUCAUCUGUUGGUGAAAGCAUUGCUUCAGCUUAUUCUCCUGCCUCUCUUAUUGCUAGAGGUGCACGCCAGAUGGCACCUCGCCCAAAGUAUUCUGCUAGGAAGCCAGUGGUGACGGGCAAACAGUGGAGACCUGUUGCUGCGCUGCAUUAGCUCCAAUGCUCUUCAUGGUCAUGCUUUGGUGCGGUCACCGCUGAGAUGGUAGAACAAAAUAAGAUUUGCAUAGAAUGUCUUAAUUAACCGAUGGCCAUGCAUAGAUGGUCUAAAUGUCACGUCUAAAAUAAUCGAUUAUGCAUCUAAAAGGAUAUAUUCAGCUAGCAAUUUCAUUAAACACAAUGAAUGCACAACAAAGCUACUAUUAUCCAUAGAAUAGAAUAUUUCAUAAGAUAAAAUACCAAUAAAUAAACUCAGUAUAUUAUAUCAACUUCCUCAAACUGGAAGGCGAGUGCUUGUAUGAAAAAAUAAAUGCAAACUAGAUAAUGUUGCGUAGUUCUCAGGAAGUGCUAAUAAAUGUGAAAUAAUGUUUGCAGAGAACAUUGUUCAACUGAUGUCCCUCUGAGUUGUUUCUUUUUUGCAAGGAUUAAGUACUGUCUGGUAAUAUUAGUCACUGACCCCAAAGCAACACAGCAUUACCAUUGAAUAAUACAUUUUUUAUUAAUUAAUUAAAAACUAAUUUUCAUGCCAUCUGAGAAAACAACUCACAAUUAUAUUUACUUCAUGUUGUUGAUCGUUUAGUGUGUGGAGAGAAACUGUCAAUGCACUCUUUUUGGAAACACACAAUUUAUUCAGUCUCAUUCCAAACAUCAAUGGCAUGAAAACAGCUAAACGCACCUAAAUUGUGAUUAUUAGCAACGAUGAUUAUGAAUGUUUUUUCAUGUGGAUGUAUUUUCUGCAGUUGCCGUUCAGGGCCGGUUAUUUAAGUGUUGGUAAAAUCAUCAGGCAUUCUGUAGACUCAUCCUGUAAAACAUAUCCCAGAUAUUUUUAGAUAUUCAUUCACAUUGCCGGUAGCAACUCAAAAUGAAAAUAGGAAUCAAUUGCCUUGUCUGUGUUGAUUUUUCUGACUUUGAAACAUAUUUGCACUUCUUGUUCUCAGUCACACUGUGCUAUUAAAUCUCUCUUUCACUCUA